CUCAACAUUUCUCCCCUGAGAACACUAACUAGAAAGAGCAAUUCUCUGACUAGUAAUCCAGCUUUGUUUUCUCUAGAAAGUUUCUUGUAUAGAAUGGAAGCCAGCAAAGAAAAAGGCAAAACAUCAAACAAUUUGAUCACCAAGACAUGGGAACGAUGCAAAUCUGUAGGCCGUGGCCGGAUGAGUUCCUCGUCGGGAACUGUACGUGCUCUGAUGAAGAAGAGCAAAUCAUGGUCAAUGAUAACCGAUGCCGCAGGCGAUUCAGAAGAUUGUGUUCGGAAACAGCCUACGAGUCGUCGAGUGGCUACUGAAAAAGGGUGCUUCUCGGUUUAUGUAGGGCCGGAGAAACAGAGGUUCGUAAUAAAAACAGAGUAUGUGAAUCACUCUCUGUUCAAGGUCCUGUUGGAAGAAGCAGAGACCGAAUAUGGGUUUAAUAGCGGAGGUCCCCUGGUGCUACCGUGCAAUGUUGAUUCGUUUUGCAAGGUCUUGUUGGCGAUAGACGACAGCAGCGCCGUCAAGGAUAUCCCGAGCAAAUUGGGAUGUGGAUUUCCUAAAGGUUAUGGUGCCUAUCGCCUUCUCAACUCUCCUAGGAUGAUCACCGUAAAGCAGUCCUAAUUUGGUCUUGAUGCCAAAUCCCUAUCAAACCAAAAAAAACAUGUACCUUAUUGUAAAAAAGAAGUCUACUCAAUCCUGAUAAUGUAAAUUGACAAAAUUUAGUAAUGUAUUUAAAAGUGUAAAUUUAUUAUAAUUAAUUAAUUUUAAUUAA